ACGCAGCAUUGCAGGAGGAUGGACAGAUAUCCAAGAUAGAAAACGGUGAAUCACUGUGAAGUUGCUUUCAGAUUCAGAAUUCCUUCCUUCCUAGGCAUGGCAGUUUCUCUCGUCCUCGGUAUCCGGUAUUGACCGACGCUGAGGAUGUGUCGAUGCCACGCGGCUCUGCAUGCGAGAUAAACGAGGAAAGAGCGAUACAGUGAUACAGCUUUUGUGCAAUAGCAGAGCAGUUUUCUCAACGCGAUAUUAUUCAGUACGAGGUAACAGCACAUAUUCAAAGCUAGUUUUUUGUUUCUUGUUUUCAGUGAUACUGAUAGUGAUACUUUCGUUUGGGUGCAAAUGGACAUGGAGCUCUUUGUCUACUAGACGUCCUCUGACUGCAGAGUAUUGGUCCUGUGCAAAUAAUGAACGUUCAGCUCCACAAGCGAGGCCACCAUCGAUGAGAAAAUUCGAACCACGUUUGCGCCGGCUGCAGAGAAGCCGAAUUUCGCGGCGUUCCGCACAGAGCUUGCGGCGAAAAUUUUGGUUGUGCGGGAGGCCUUUGCGAAAGCGCGGAAAGAGUCCAAGGAAGUGCCGAAAGAGUCCGUCGUGCCUUCAGGUUCCAGCAAAAGCACCACCGACGCCGAGAGUACUAUUUCCAGCUAAUCGAAGAAGGCUGCUGCAGCAACAUCAUCUCCUAGAGCGGUUCACGCAGCGUGCUUGCUCGAUUCCGGAAGGUCUAGUUGUAAGUACCCACUCACUGUCGUGCACUUGCUUCUUUGAUCAGUUUGAGUUUCCAUACAUCUGCAUGACUGAGUCUCCUGCAUCGUACUUUUU